AUGUGCUCCCAAGCCCUUGGACAAAUAGAUGAGGAGCAUGCCGCACUGGUUUUCAAAGGCCUGCAAUGGCUGGCAUUUGCUACAAGACCGCUUUACAUCGAGGAACUCUCAGAGUUAAGCCUAGUUACUGGCAACCACGAAAGUCGAAUCAAUCCUGCUCAGCGAUUUUCAGACCCGCGGGAUAUUGUUCAAUUGUUCCCAAGCUCUUUGGUGACGACGACAAACGCAGAGGUUGGCGAGUCUGAUUCGGUCGAUUUUCAAGAGCAGCGGCAGCAAGUACGUCUUGCCAAUUCCUCCGUGAAAGAAUACUUGCUCUCAGAGGAGAUCCAAACGGGAUCAGCAAAACGAUACGCUCUGAGCGAGACCAAAGCACAUGCAUCUAUUGCUGCCGAUUGCCUUGCAUACCUUUUGCAGUUCAGUCAGCCAUAUACGAUGUUAACUGAGGUUGUCCAAUCGUCUGGUCUCUUGCGCUAUGCAACCAAUUACUGGGCUGUUCAUGCGAGACACGCCGGAGCAGACAUAUCCGGAAUUCUUCCUCUGAUCAGGGAAUUCUUCGAGUCCAAUGUGGCAUACACCAAUUGGACGGCUUUCCUCGACGGAUUUAGACCAUUCGAUGAGCCCGAAAAUGCCGAGGGCGAUUCGCUGGCACAAUCUCCCGACCCCAUCUAUUAUGCCGCAUCGUUCGGACUCCUCACGAUAGUUCAAAAUCUACUUCACGACGGUGCCCUGGUUGAUAGCCGAGGACCGGCAGGAACGGCACUGGCCGCAGCAUCUCUGGCGGGAGACAUCGAUAUGGUGCGGUUAUUAGUUGAGCAUGGCGCAGAUAUGGAUUCUGAAGGGCCUUUGGGUCCGCCGAUCAGGCUGGGUGCGCAGAAUGGGCAUUCGCAGGUGGUGGAGUUCCUGAGCAGCGAAAGGCGGAUAAGGAGGACAGGAACGAACUAG